AUGGCUUUUCUACAAUAUAAGAGUAAUGAAAAUUCUUACUAUUCAAAUAUGUCUAAUGAGAAGGAUGAUAACCUCAAACAGUUGGUGAAUAAUGUGGACAUCUAUAAACAAUAUGGAUCUGCUGAAAGGAAGGAGAGGGAAAAUGUAUAUUCAGAUACUCAUGUGUGGUAUUUCUAUAACAACGCGUACAAAAAAAUGGAAGUUUGCAAAUUUAACCAUUUGGAAAAUUCCUACACACUUAAGAGAAAAGGAAAGACCUUGGAAAAUAUCCCCGCAGAUAAGGUAAGCCCAUGUCUGAAGGAACAAAUCCAUCUAGAUGAUGAAAAUAAUAUUGACAUAAUACAAUUAAAUGAACAGAAUGUAAUAGAAAAUUUAAGAAAUAGGUACAUGAAGAACAAAAUUUACACGUUUCAUGCAUCACUUCUGUUAGUAAUUAACCCGUAUAAAAAAAUCAAAGGGUUGUAUGAUAUGGAACGUAUGAAUGAUUAUCUUAAUAAAUUUAAAAAUGUCAACAUUGGGGUGGGAGGUGUGAGAAACUGUCUCAGCAUAGAACAGAAAAGCAUUCCUAAUGAAAACAAAACACAUAUCUAUGACAUUGGAAACAUGGCAUACAAAAAUAUGGUUCUAAAAGGAAAGAGACAAACCAUCAUUGUUUCAGGGCAUAGUGGGAGUGGGAAAACGGAAAAUUGUAAAAUACUCUUUAAAUAUUUUCACUACAUUUUUUUUCACAAAAAUGAAAAGAAAGGUAUUUCAGUCUACAAGAGUAUGAACUCCUAUUUGGGUGAUGACUCCGAGGGGGGAGAAGAUGGGAAAAGUGAAAAAAGUGAAAAAAGUGAAAAAAGUGAAAAAAGUGAAAAAAGUGGAAAAAGUGGAAAAAGUGAAAAAAGUGAAAAAAGUGAAAAAAGUGAAAAAAGUGAAAAAAGUGGAAAAAGUGAAAAAAGUGGAAAAAGUGAAAAAAGUGAAAAAAGUGAAAAAAGUGAAAAAAGUGAAAAAAGUGAAAAAAGUGAAAAAAGUGAAAAAAGUGGAAAAAGUGAAAAAAGUGAAAAAAGUGAAAAAAGUGAAAAAAGUGAAAAAAGUGAAAAAAGUGGAAAAAGUGAAAAAAGUGAAAAAAGUGGAAAAAGUGGAAAAAGUGAAAAAAGUGAAAAAAGUGAUAAACAUAGAAAAAGUGGCAAAUAUGGCACAGAUGCACAGAAUGAGCACUCACUGAACGGCGGAGAUCCGCCAUAUGACCCAAGUGAAACCAUAAAUUAUGAAAGAAUCGAUAAACUGAUUUACAUCAACAGUAUUAUUGAAUCCAUGAGCAAUGCAAAAACAGUGAAGAAUAACAACAGUAGUAGAUGCGGGCGAAUUAAUGAUUUAAUAUUUGAAGAACGAAAAAGAAAUCAUGAAACCAUUUUUAAUUAUUGCUUUUCGAAUAUUAAGAUAAUAAUACUCUUGCUAGAAAUAAAUAGAUGUAUUAGUCACAAUGAGGGUGAGAGAAAUUUUCAUGUUUUCUACGAACUUCUUAGAGGGUUGACAGAUGAGCAACUCAAGGAGAGAUGUCUCGUUCGAGAUGUUCAUCAGUAUAACCUUCUGAAUAGUGCAGCAAGAAGUAAGGGAAGUAGUACACAACAGAAUGAAGACACAUACAAGGUUCACUGUACAGUAAAGGAUGAACAUGCAGAAUGUCAGAAAGACGAGAAAAACUUUGGGUACCUUUUGAACGGACUGAGAUACAUACAAUAUGAUGAAGAUAUGAUAAACCAAUUUUUCGAUGUCAUUGCAGGGAUUAUUCACUUGGGGCAAAUAAAACCAAACGAAGAGAGAUGUGAAAUGAAGGAAGAUGAAACAAUACCAAUUAAUAAGUAUUAUGAAAAUGCUUGCAUUUGUCUAGGUAUAAAGACAACAGAUUUAUACAAUACAAUAAAGUACAAAUGUAUUAACGUAUCUAUGGAAAAGAUAAGGACCGUUAGAAAUAAGGGCAAUUCUUUAUACACAUUACACAGUUUAAUAAAAAUAAUAUACAAAAAUGUGUUUAACAGAAUCAUAAGUGAUAUAAAUAUGACACAUCUAAGUAAGAAGGAGAGAGAAGAAAUUAUGGACGAAUCGGUAUAUGCAUCUAAUAAAAGUAUCAUAUCUAUUUUAGAUCUCUACGGGUUCGAAGAAUUGUCUACGAACGAUUUUGAACAACUUUGUAUUAACCUAGCUAAUGAAAAAUUAAAUAAUUAUUACAUUCAUAAUGAAAUAGAGAAAGAGAAAAUUAUUCACAAAACAGAAAAUAUUCUAUGGAAUGAUGUUCCAGUUCCGAAUUAUAAAGACACCAUUCAUUUUAUAGAAAAAAUAUUUUCAAAUCUUGAUGAUAUAACUAAACUUAAUAACACAGGACAAACAAAAGUUGAUGAUCAUUUUUUUAAUUAUCUAUUAAAUAAUGAACAAAUUUUCCUUCAAAAUAAUAUAUACGGUUUUAUUAGUCAAAAAGAUGGCUUGUAUACAAAUAAAAAACAAAAUGUGAAAAAAAAUAUAUUUUUUAUAAAGCAUUACGCAGGAAAUAUAACAUACACUGUAAAUGAUUGGAUAAGGAAGAAUAGCGAUCGUGUCGAGAUGGAAAUAGAAGAACUUAUUAACAAGUCAGACAAUUUGUUUCUUCACAGCAUCGACCAUGCAGAAAUGGCUAGUAGGAAGGACAUAUGCCAUGGUCCCAUGUCAUUGCUAGCUGAACAGCGAGAUAUGAACAAUAUGUACCAAAAUUUACAAUCAGAAAAAAUGAAAAAACAACAACGAUAUUUGAAUAAGAAUACAUACAAUAACAGUGCACAAGGGAAGGAGCAAAAUGUUGUGAACAAAAAAUUCGCUGAAGUAGAUUAUAAUGAUUCUACAUCUUCAUAUGCAAAUGGACCUGCACGUGGUAAGGACUACAUGACAGAUGUCACAACAAGAACUAACUUUGGAUUUAAGAGAGGGAUUAAUUCUGAACACAAUCAAAGUUCAAACAAGAGUUUCUUAAGCGUUAGCAAGAAGUACAUAAAAGAAUUGGACAAGCUAUUUAACAAUUUAGAAAAAACGGAUCUGUAUUACAUCAGAUGUUUAUUAGCAAAUGAAGAAAUGAGGAGUGGGUAUUUCAGAAGGAGUUUAAUUUAUUCACAAUUGAAACAAUGUGGUGCUAAUGAGAUGGUAAAAAUUAUAAAUAAUGGAUUAUCACAUAAAGUACUAAAAGAAGAGUUGUUAAAAAAGUGUGCAAAAGAUAUACCAAAGGAAUUGAAACAUUGUAGGAAUGACGAUAUUGUAUAUUAUUUUAUGAGACUUUUUGAUAAUUCGAAUAAUUCUUUUAUGAUAGGGAAAAAUUAUGUAUUUAUGAAAUCAAACAUUUACACAGAUAUUAAUUGCUACUUUUAUGAUGAUUCAUACUUUGAUCAUAUCAAUAACACAUUGAUGGAUAAGAGAAAAAAAAAAAUUUUUAAAGAAAUAAGAAUCAUGAAAUUUAAAAGAUCCGUUUCGGUGGUAAGAAUACACAAUUGGAUAAGCACAAAAUACAUGAUUUAUUUAAAAAAAAAAAAAAUCAUGAAGGAAAAGGCAUGUGAUUAUAUCCAUAAAAUUUAUUUGAUUUACAAGACACUCAAAAAUGUGAAAUUUAGCUUCCCUUACAACAUCAGGAAAAUGCAAAAGAUGUUUUCUGACAAGGCAUAUCGAUUUGCUUUCAAAAGGUUCAAGUUGCUAAAGACAGUUAAACGUGUUUAUGAUAUGAACCGGGGAAAGUGUAAAACUGGGCAUAUGUCUAUAGGAUUUCUGGGAAAAGGAAAGAUGAAGACGAUGGAAGAAAGUGGAGGCAAGACGAUGGAAGAAAGUGGAGACAAGACAAUGGAAGAAAGUCCGGACAAAGCGUUGGAAUAUGAUAUCCACGUUAAUGUAAAGGAAAAAAUAAAUUCGAAUCAUCCCUUAUCUGUAGAGGGAGAAUCUGAAAGUGUGUUUACUAAUUCAAUACCCAUAGUGGAAGAAGCGAAAUACAGUGGCUUAAGUUACACAGCACCCGAAAUAUUUGUAGGAACUCCUGACAAUCACCAUUAUGUUUAUAACAACAUAGACUGGGUCAUCAUAUACAGAGACAAGCACAUUCACAUGUACAACAUCUUUUACACGUAUGAAAAGGUAUGCAAAAAGUAUUUCUUAAAUUUUGAUAGCAUUAAGGUGAAGAAACCACCCCUUGGUGGAAAUAAUAACAUGGUGCAUGUUGAAAAAUACCCAGUUAUUCCAAAAAUGGAGUUAUAUGGAACUGCUAGACCCAUUCAUUGUAUGAACCAACAUUCCAUAUACAAGAACAUCUACCUAGCGGUAGAAGAAAACUUAGAUUUACUUAUUUUUACAUAUCCAAAUUUGAGAACGAUUAAAAAUUUCCUUAAAAAGAAAAUAAAAUCAAUGAAAAGGGGAAACGAAGAUUUACCUAACACAUAUUUACCACAGUUGCAUAGAAGUAAAAAUUUUCAAACCAAGAUGGAUAAUACCACCUUACAUAAUGGUUGUAUUGAAAAAAAGACAGAUUGUAACCCACAGGAGAAGACGAUAUUCAGUAUGAAAGGAAAUAAAACAGAUGAACUUUUUUGCGAAGAAAAUUUAAACAUGUUUAUACAUGUAUAUAAAAAUAUAUAUGUAUUGAGCACAUUAGAAGGGUCAUUUUCACCUGAGGUAGAAGAUGGGAAUCCCAACGAAUGGAAAAAAACUGGAGCCAAUUUGAAGAAAGAAAAAAAUUCUGAACGAUCAGGUGGAAUGGAGAGACAAGUACAUGUUCAUGAAAAUUAUGAACAUAUGUGUAAAAAAGGAAAAAAAAAUCAAGAUGGAUACACUAUAAUGAAAAGAAUGAACAAAGAGGAGUAUAUUGAAAAGGAGUUUUAUUCAAAUUCAUCUUUUAAAAUGUUAAAAGUUAGUUUUCUUUCUAGUAGUGUUAGCCAUUUCGUGUAUCUAUCUUAUGCAUUAAUAAAUGAAAAUCAUUACUUGUUAUUAACUAUAGUGCAUAUUUUUUCCAAACCGAUAUACAAAUAUACAACAAGUAUACAAGUUAACAACAUUAUUAAGAAUGAAGAUUUUAUGAAUUUCUUUUGCAAAAGUUAUUACAAUUCUAGUCCGAGCAAUGACACAAGGGAAGUAAUGCACAAAUUUAAUGAAGAAAAUAAACUUUCCCAAGAAGAGAGGAAAAAAAGAAACGUGGAGCGAUAUUUAAGUACUUUGAAAAUUUCUGUAAUUAAUAACUCUCAUGUGCUUAUAUACGGUUCCUGUUUACUGAGUUUGGUCGAAAUAAAGAACUACAACCUUAAUACUAUAAGUGGUAAUGUUAAAGAAUAUGAACACAAAUACCUGAAAGUGCUGUUUAACCUGUUCUGUUUUGAAAAUUUUAACAAUGUGUGUGACUCGAGUGGAGGGAAACUAUCCACUGAUUUGAAGCAUAAUUUGAUUAUUAAUGAUUUAUUUCAAAAUUAUCAAUUUGGGGAUCGGGAAAAUGGAAAAGAAAAAGAAAUGGAAAAAAAAACGAACAUUUCCCUGAACAGCAGAUCAGGUGAAAAAUUCCUUAUUACAUCAGCACCCUGGGAUGCAAAUAGCAAAUUGGGUUCACAAGAAGUACAAAAUUACAAGGAGUACUCAUUUUACAUUUUUUCCUUAUUUAACCAGGUGUAUUUAUUAACAAAUAGAAAAAAGUGCAAUCCGGAGGGGAGGGGGACGAUAGUCUUUCAUCAUGAUCUUUGGUGGAUUAAGAAAUUAUCGAAUCAGUGUGAGGCCAAAUUGUCAGGGAAGUUGCACACUGCAUCAUGGGGCCCUAUGGAUGGAACCGAAGCGGACAGACAACAGUGUACCUUUCAACAGAUCCUUCAUAUGAACAUAAACUAUUUUUACAAUCAAGACUACUAUAGAAGUAACGUGUCGCUCAAUCCGUCUAUUCAGGCAACAAUUCAGAAGUAUGUCAAAUGUGGUAGCAACAUCAGAAGCAGCAUCAGCAGCAACAUCAGCAGUAACACCAGCAGUAACACCAGCAGUAACACCAGCAGCAAUGACGUGGGGGUUGGUGAGAGACACCAUAACAAAUCCCUGUUCCCUGAUUUAUUUAUUUUACGAGAGAGAAAAAACAAUUACAGAGAUACCCCAACACGGGAUUAUGUUUAUUACAGCUUAAGGAAUGGAGGAGAGUUUAUGAAUCUGUGUGACGAGGAGGAAAACACCCCAUCAGCUCCCCCAGAAAAGUAUAAUUCAGAGGACACCACGGGGACACUGCUUGCGAAGUAG